CAUUAGCAGGAGCAGCGGUAUAUGCCCCCUCCUCCCGACAGCGCUUACAACUUCGGGCCGAAAAGUUUCGGAGAAUUUAUGCGUACCUGGGGAUUUCACAGACCUAACAAAGACAGAGCGAAGCCAGGAUUAAAACUCGUGAACCAUAACAAAGUUACAUAUUUUCAAUGGUGGCAGGUUUGGGGGUGUAGUUAACUUCGUAACUUAUUUUUGCAGAGGUUUCGUAUCGUCCACUCCGUCCUGUUCUUAUCCAGCUGGAUAGUUAGAGGGACAGAAAGGACUGGUGAAAUGGCGGAAACAAAAAUAAUAUACCACAUAGACGAGGAGGAGACGCCGUAUUUGGUGAAGAUACCAAUACCAUCAGAAGAGAUAACGCUACAGGAUUUUAAACAGGUUUUGAACAAGCCAAACUACAAGUUCUUCUUCAAAUCUAUGGAUCAGGAUUUCGGGGUGGUGAAGGAGGAGAUUUCCGAUGAGGCUGCAAAACUACCAUGCUUCAACGGGAGAGUUGUGUCAUGGCUGGUGUCCUCAGACAGCCCGCCGGGGGAGCCCCCUCCGGCACCGGUGGAGGUCCGGCCCUCCCCCUCCCCCCCGCCUCCCCCCCUGCCUCCCCCUCUGCCUCCCCCCCCAGCAGAGAGGACAGGGGGCAUUGGAGACUCCAGACCGCCCUCAUUCCACCCUAAUGUGGCUGGCAGUGUGGAGCAGCUGGACGAACGUACGGACACAGAGUCCGUUCUGUCCUUCAGGAGGGAGCGGCCCAGACGCAGGGAGAGCACAGAGCAGCAUGGCCCCCGGAUGAACGGUCAGAGUCGUCUCGAGCGCCACCUGGCCGGGUACGAGAGCUCCUCCACCGUCAUGAGCAGCGAGCUGGACACCACCAGCUUCUGUGACUCUGACGACGAUACCAUGAGCAGGUUCAGCAGCACCACAGAGCAGAGCACGGCUUCUCGGCUGAUGAAGAGGCACCGCAGGAGGAGGAAGCAGAGGCCAACCAGGCUGGAGAGGGCCUCGUCUUUCAGCAGUGUGACAGACUCCACGAUGUCACUCAACAUCAUCACUGUCACUCUCAACAUGGAGAAGUACAACUUCCUGGGCAUCAGCAUUGUGGGGCAGAGCAACGAGAGAGGGGACGGGGGCAUCUACAUCGGCUCCAUCAUGAAGGGGGGGGCCGUGGCGGCCGACGGGCGCAUCGAACCAGGAGACAUGCUGCUGCAGGUGAACGACAUCAACUUUGAGAACAUGAGUAACGACGACGCGGUGCGUGUGCUGAGAGACAUCGUACACAAACCCGGACCCAUCAUCCUGACAGUGGCUAAGUGUUGGGACCCCACUCCUCAGGGCUACUUCACCUUGCCUCGCAACGAGCCCAUCCGGCCCAUAGACCCUGGCGUGUGGGUGAGUCACUCGGUGGGGCUAGCGGGGACCUACGCCCCCUACCCUGGCAGCUCCUCGCUCAGCACCAUCACCUCCAACUCCUCCGUCACCGAAACCGAACGGUUUGAUGACUUCAACCUGUCUCUCCACUCUGACAUGGCGUCUGUGGCCAAGGCCAUGGCCUCCCCAGAGUCUGGCCUGGAGGUGAGGGACAGGAUGUGGCUGAAGAUCACCAUCCCCAACGCCUUCCUGGGCUCCGACGUGGUGGAGUGGCUCUACCAGCACAUCGAGGGUUUCCAGGAUCGCCGCGAGGCGCGUAAAUACGCCAGCAACCUGCUGAAGGCCGGCUUUAUCCGCCACACCGUCAACAAGAUCACCUUCUCAGAGCAGUGCUACUACAUCUUCGGCGACUUCAGCGACUGCGAGAACUACAUGGCUAACUUGUCCAUGAACGACAACGACGGCUCCAGUGGAGCUUCAGACCAGGACACGCUGGCUCCCCUGCCCAUCUCAGGGGCCUCUCCCUGGCCCCUGAUGCACACCUUCCCCUACCAGUACACCAAUGCCUACGCCAGCCAGCCCCCCCCUUACCAUGAGCUGACCAGCUACAGCUACACCCCUGGGAGCACGGGCAGCCAACACAGUGAAGGGAGCCGGAGCAGUGGCUCUACCCGGAGCGAGGGCGAGCGGCGUCGUAAGGGCAAGUCCCCGGUGGGCGGGGCCGGGGGCGGGGCCGACUCUCGAUCCGGCAGCGGCAGCGAAUCAGAGUAUUCCACACGGAGCAGCAGGAGGAGGGAGCACAUCUCGGCCCCGCCCAGCGAGCACAGCCUCCACAGCCAGCGCUCGCUUCCCCGGCCCCCACCCCCCCACCUCCAGUUCCCCCAGGGCCUCCCCCUCUCCUACAACCCCAUGAUGGUCAUGAUGGUCCCCCCACACCCACACAUGCAUCAUCACGCCAUGCCCGGUCUCGGCCCCCCACACCCCCAGCUCCCCCCUGGGCCCUCCCUCCCAGGCCUGCCCCCUGCUUCCACGCCUGGGGGGCCUCCGGGGGCCCCACCCACCCGGGAGCUAGGCUCCGUGCCCCCGGAGCUCACGGCCUCCCGCCAGUCCUUCCACCUGGCCAUGGGGAACCCCAGCGAAUUCUUUGUGGACGUCAUGUAGGAGACGGAGCGUGUGGAGGCGGAGUUAGGAGGCGUGUGUGGAGGCGGAGUCAGGAGGCGUGUGUGGAGGCGGAGUGAGGAGGCGUGUGUGGAGGCGUGUGUGGAGGCAGAGUCAGGAGGCGUGUGUGGAGGCGGAGUUAGGAGGCGUGUGUGGAGGGUGGAGACGGACCGCAGCACGGGCCAACUUCAGGAUCCCAGGGUAUCACGGAACUUUAAGCCACACCUGUUCUCACGUUCACCUGGACUAAACACCUCCUGGCAGGAGGAAAUGGUCUUCUCUUCCUCUGGACAAUCCCCUAUGUCUUGUGAGACAAGCUGGAAUUGAUGAUGUAACGUUACUUUUAACCCAAAUAUAUGACUAUUAGCAUUAUUGUUGGUGGUUUGAUAUUGUGUGUGUGAUUUCACCAUUAUCCCCAAAAUCAUUUGAAUGGAAGGAAUCAACACAGAUUUGAAGGUUUUGUUUAAUGUCAUUGUUUUUUGAUUUGUCAAACAACAUACCACUGGACACAGUACAUCUGUAGUUUAACAGAGAUGACUGUGAGGUGUGUAACCGUGGGAACUUGGUACAGUAAACAUGUGAAUGGUUUUCUAGACGUUCCUACGACAGCACCACUGUGGUCCUCAGGGAAGACGAUGAGAGUUUAAAGGACGUGUGGAGGUGAAUGGCUAACGACAGCACUAACCACCUGAAGAUGUGAACGAGAUUACAUUUUUAUCUGAAUGUAUCAAAAGUAUCAACUUUUUUUUCUCUCCAGCUGCAACAAAAUAUUUAUGUCAUCACACCUGACUGCUCUGACAGGGAAAAGGGUCAAUAAUCCUUUUCUUUAGUAUUUAAAGGUACAAUAGGUAAGAUUUUAUUUCAGGAAAUAUACACAUUUUGUCCCCUCUAAACAUGAUGUGAAAGCUAAUGAGGCUGAGAGUUGUUUAACAACACAGGCAGCUCAGUGUGAGUGGAAUGGACGUUUUGCUCCUUGGCUUCCUUUGGGAAACCACAGUCAAACUCCAGCUGGAGGAAAGCACGGAACUUCAGACAUGAAUUGGGAGCACAGUUUCUCAUUUAAAUUUAAUUGCAGCUUUAAAAGAACUCAAUUGUGUUCGAUUUGUUCCAAGAGUCCCAUUUCUGUCUCCAUGGUUGAAAUGUCGGUGUAUCAUGUUUAUGAAUAUCUGAGCUGGAGAUGUGUGUUAUAUUACAGAUAUUAAUGGAGCAUAGCACAUGCACUUAGCAGGCAGAUUGCUGUUGUGUUUAUCUACAUGUUAUUGUAAUGGUACUUAACCAUUUUGUCAUCACAAAGCAUAUAUAUAUAUACGUGUGUGUGUUUUAUUUUUAUGAGUGACUUCACAUCUUUCCUUGUGAUAUAUACAGAUGAUACUGCUCAGUAGCAGUAGGAAGGUUUGAGAGUUUUUAAGGAAGUGUUAGGUUUGUAUCAAGCAUGCACUCAUGUUCAUGUGGUUCCUUUUCUCAGAGAGCUGAGGUCGUCAUGGUUGCACAUCACUGGGUGAACAGGAGAUGGUACAGCAGUAUUUGGGAUAGUGAUUGGAAAGUGUCUAUAACGUUUUCUAAUAGAGAGCAGUUAUAGAUUUUAAAUUGCUUUAAGCUCUGAUUUCACACUCCAACUCACUUUUUUAUAUCACUGAGUGAUCAUACUUUUUCUUGUAUGUAUUUUUUUUUAUCAUAUUAAGAAAAACAUUAAUGUAGUGCCAUAAUGCAUGUUUGCUUGAUAGUUGUCAAUUUUUUAACAAUACAUUUUUACUUGAUUGAAUGUGCAAUUGUCCCUCUCAUUUUACCUCAAUACUUCCUGUGUGGAUGUU